GUCAAUAACAAGUCAUAGCAUGCAUCAGUAAAGCCAAGACAGAUUAAAACCUGUCUACAGCAAAGGAGUAGGGGGUGCUAAUGUUGCCAAAGUGUAGAGACUUUGUUGUGAAGAACAUUCAUGAGACAGCGAGUGUGUGUCAAAAUGAGUGGGCAGCAACACGAGCAGAGGAGGAACUCAAAAACUGUUCUCUUUCUUCUCAGUGUGUGAGCGAGGUUUAUGAUAGGACACCAGUUCUGCUACUGCUGGUGUGUGUGUGAGAUCUCGAUUGUGUUUGUCACAUAGUCUACAACGAGGAUACAAAUAAAUGCCAGGGAAACAGCAUAUCUUGUUCAAAGGUUUCACUGGAGGCCAAUGUAAGAGGUGGCGAGAAUAAGUGCUGGCAGAGUUUCAUCUGGUCGGAGCUACGAUGUCGUCCUACAAUGUUAAAUUGAGAAGAGUUGGAAUCGCUGACUAUGACACACAGAUUAAAGAGGUUCGUAAUCAGCUCUCCGAGCAACUCCGUGUGUUUGAUAAUCAUUUGGAGCAGAAAACCCAGGUACUGCAGGAUCUGAGUGAUUAUCUGCGCAGACGUGGUGAGAUUGAGGGCGAGUAUGCACGCUCCCUGGAUAAACUGGCUGACAGAUUUGCCUCAAAGACCAAAAAGAAGGAGUCCAGCAGUGAGUCUGUGUUAAAGUGCUGGCAAGAGUUGUUGACUCAGACACGUCAUGAGAGUAAAGACCACAUCACACUGAGUGAGAGUUGUGGCACUGCUUUACCCCAGCAGUUGUCUCGCUGUCUGGAACUCGUUCAACGUUUGGCUAAGAAAAGUAAAGAUAUUAGCAGUCAGUUACAGGACGGGCUGCUGAAGGUCACAGCUGAGCUACAGACCACGCUGAAGACGUAUUCGCUGUAUCACAACGAGUAUUUGUCGGCCGAGGGCAAACUAAAAGAAGCCACCAAACAGGAAGAGAAACAAAAACAGAGUGCAGCUAAGAAAAUGGAACGACUCAUGGAAAAAAGGCAGUGUAAAGUACAGGAGACACAGCAGAAAUGCACCAAAGCACGCAAUGACUAUCUGUUCAACCUGGAAGCAGUAAACGCUUCCAUGCACAAAUAUUACCUACAAGAUCUCUCUGCCCUGAUUGAUUUCAGCGAUUUAGGUUUCCAUCAGUCGGUGUGCCAAGUGCUGCAGUAUUACCUGUCCAGCCGCUCACAGGCCCACCAGAACCUGGGUUCUGGAUUGUAUCAGUUGGGCAAUGUAGUUUCUGGACUGGAUCAGAUCCAGGACAGAGACACACUGAUACAGGCUCAUGAUGCGGCUUUCUGCAUGCCACUUCGAUUUCAGUACCAGCCUCAUGAGGGAGACCAGGUACUGGUGUGUGAGGUGAGCGCUGAUUUUGACGUGAAGAGUGAGCUUGAUACUCGAUUCCACCAGCUUCAGACCAGACUCAUCAAACUAACUGCAGAAAAUGAAGAGCUGAGUAAAAUGCUGCAACAAUCUCAUGCUGUCCUGCUUGAGAGCAUCAACGAGGAUAUCUUCAGGUCUGAGCACAGCACCAGCCAAUUGUUAGAGAACAUCAGUGAAGCUUCUGCCAGUAAGAUCAAUCAAGCAAGACGUCGAGCCAGUUUGCAAGAGACGGAAAACUCGUACUCUACGAAAUUUAAGGAACAUCUCAUUAAUGGUUCACUAAAAUCAAAACUGCAGGCAAAGCACGACUUACUCAAAGUUGCAAUACAAAAAGCUGGAACGGUGGGUGAGCAGCAUCACAGAAUGCGUUCCAGGAGGUCUGUCCGUCAGAGGAAGUAUCAGCACUCCACUCAGAUCAACCAGAAGCCUUUUUCUCGAGACAUGCUCUCAUACAUCCAGGCUUCUGGAGAACCAGUUCCUUUGGUGGUAGAGAGCUGCAUCAGAUUCAUCAACCUUCAUGGCCUACACCAUGAGGGCAUCUUCCGAGUCCCUGGCUCUCAGCUGGAGGUCAAUCGGCUCAGAGACUUAUUCGAGAAAGGUGAAGACCCCCUAGAUGAGGAAAUUUGUGACUUGGACUCAGUAGCUGGUGUGCUGAAGCUCUAUUUCAGAGGAAUGGAAAACCCUCUCUUUCCUAAAGACAGAUACGACCAACUGAUGGAGUGUGGACGAAUAGAAGAUGAUUCAGAGAAAGUGGCACAGUUAAAGUCAGUUAUUCUUUCAUACCCUUCUCCACUAGUUGUGGUGAUGCGUUACCUGUUUGCGUUUCUCCACCAUGUUUCCCAGUACAGCGAUGAAAACAUGAUGCAGCCCUACAACCUGGCUGUGUGUUUCGGACCCAGUCUUAUCAGAGGGCCUGGAGAUGCCGAUCCUGUUACUCUCCAGGAAAUCAAUGCUCUUGUCAAAACAAUCAUAAUCCAGCAUGAAAGCAUCUUCCCUUGCCAGGACGUAAUAGAGGGACCUGUAUAUGAGACGUGUAUGACGCUAGAGCCAGAUGAUAUUGAAGCUACUACAGAGGAGUCAGAGGUGGAACCAGAUGUGUCUCCAAACAAAGAAGUAAAUGAGGAGCUGCAAGGAGUUGCCUUGUUCGACUACACGGCCCGUUCCCCGGCUGAACUGUCCUUCCAAAAGGGUGGACGUCUCCGUCUUUACAUCAGAGUCUCUUCUGAUUGGUGGAAAGGAGAAAUAGAUGGUUCUAAGGGGCUUAUCCCAAAUAAAUACAUUAGUGUACCAAGUAUGGAGGGAGGGCAGGAGCACAAAGAAAGACACAACACUGGAGGCCAGACAGAGGAGCAGUCAGCCGGCUCGACACAAACACGAAACAAAGUGUUCAGUGACAAGCCGGGGCUCAGUUCCAGCCAAGCUCUUGCGGGGAAGCUUUCCUUACAAUUACCCAAAGCACAACCAUCAAGCACUUCUCCAAGGGCUUUGCGAAAACCUGACCCCUUUAUGAGAAGGACUACAGCGGACAGUGAAAGAGAGGAAGUCAAAAUCCUGGUGGACAAGGAGGUCUGUCAUCAGAUGAACUGUGUCUUUAAGGAGAUGCUUGUUCGCCAGCAACAGGAUCAACUCUCGUCAUCUUCUGCCCAACCCUCAACGCUCUCCUAUUCCUCUGUGUCCCCACAAAUCUUUAACAAGAAAGCAAUGACACCACAGAGAGGUAAAAGCAAUUCUAAACCAGGUGAACCGAUGAACUGAGAAGUGAGGGGAAUUAAUCCUGACACACACUGAGACUUACAAAAUGUACUAAACUCAAAAAAGAGAACUUCAACGUGUGUUCCUGUAAAAACAUGGUAAUCUAUCGUUUUUAUUAGUUCCUCAUAAUAUUUAUUUAUUAAUUCUUUGACGGUUUUUCAGGCUUGUCUAUGAUCAUAUUACACGACUAUAGCACUGCUGUAACUUCUUUAUUUAUGAUUGUCUUCAGCCACCUAAUUCGGUUCAAUCAGUUAUAGUGGUAAUUUAUAUUCUUUGGCUAUUUAUUCUCCAAAAUGUGCAUAACAUUCUUCAGAAUGGGAUAAAAGAUUAUAAUAUAUAAACCUGUGAGCAUAAUCUUCCAUUGUAAAGUGUCGUAAAAUCCCCCACAGCCUAUUUAUACCUACCAUAUACUUAAAUGUGAAGGUUUAAGCAAAACACUUGAUCCAAAAAUUAUUUACACUGUAUUUUGUGAGGUAAUACAAAUACACGCUAUUAGAUAAAA